CAGAGAGUCAACAUGUGUACCUCGAACUUACACAAACUCAUUUUUCUUGUGUACGUGCUCUUCAGUGGCGAAAUCAAGUGCGGAUGUCGACACUCCUACCUGACCUUUUGCGACGACUUGACCGACCUCAACAGGCACAAUGUGGAAAAUUGGACCGAACUGGUAGUAGGGAAGGAAGAUGGCGACAUCUCCCAGUUACAUUCAGUGGACUACGACACGUUUUCCUUCGACAAGUUCGAAAGACUGACAACUCUAAUCGUAGUGCGACAGAUAAAAGACAUCAAAACGUACACCUUCACAGCAGAACCCGAAGAGACGAAGUUGGAAUAUCUAAAACUGUACGGUAACGUAAUUAAAAGACUCAGAUUCACGACAUUCGAUAACUUGAUGUUGAGGAAGCUAAGUCUGGUUAACAAUGAAAUCGAGUACAUCCACAAGGAAGCUUUCUACAACUGCGAAAUUCGAGUUAUCGACUUGUCGCAGAAUAAGCUCGAAAUGAUCGAAGCUGGCGUCUUCACCGAGGAUUUCCUGGGCAACUUCACCAAAGAACUCAUCUUUAGAAACAACAAAAUCGAAACCAUCGAAGCGAACAGUUUACCGAGCAGCUUAGAAAUUCUUAAUCUGGAUUACAACAAUAUUAAAAAUCUGAAUUACAACGUCUUCGAAAAUCUUCGACACCUGCAAGAAUUUAGCAUAAGUUACAACAAAAUUCAGUCGUUGCCGGGUGUGAAGCAAUUUGGAGAGAUUCGAGUGAUUGACGCUUCGCAUAAUCGGAUUGUCGGCAUAAAUGCUGCGGAAUUCAACGAACUGACUCAACUGGAAGUUUUAGAUUUGAGCCACAAUAGGAUUAGUUAUCCUUUGACUUUUAACAAAUUUAAUUUUCCGGAGAGACAUCCCUCGUUGCAGAUUUCGUUGGCUUUCAAUAAGCUUACCCAUUUGAUUCUGGAGGACGAUAGUUUUCGGCAUCACAUUGUAAUUCUUUAUGGAAAUCCGUGGGAUUGUAAGUGUUGGGCGAUUAUGGAAAAAUUUAUGAUUGAUAAUAAAGUGAAACGGAAUCAGUGCGAUAUGCAGUAUUUUGGAACGGGUCAAGUGCCUUACUGUAUCAAUUAUGCUUGUAAUGACUGUACGCAAUCGAAGGUGAAACAUCCGAAUUUUACGAAUACUGAUAUCGAGAGAUUUUCGGAGUUAAUUAAGAAAACCGAAGGUAACGUCGGAUGUAAUUUGAAACCCCGAAGACUAUAAAAUAUACAUAUUUUUAAUAUAGCUGUAUAUUGACAACGAAUAUUCUUUUCAUCUUAACUUUAAAUAGAGUGUUAUUUAUUAUAAUGUAAAUAAAUUUCUACAUGUGUCAUUUUCUAAA